CAGGGAACGAGCUGUGAAAUUGACACCGACGAGUGUAUCUCAGGCCCAUGCCAGAACCAGGGCCACUGUCUUGACCGGGUCAACAGCUACAGCUGUGACUGUGAGCCUGGGUUUUCUGGCCGACUCUGUGAGGAAGACAUCAACGAGUGUGCCUCCAGACCCUGCCAAAAUGGAGGCAUUUGCCAAGACCAGGUUAACAGGUUCCACUGUAAUUGCCCAGCUGGAUAUUUUGGCACCCUGUGUGACCUGGAUAUUAAUGAGUGUGAAGUUUCACCUUGCCUUCACGAGGCCGUCUGUAUCAACAAACCUGGAGGCUUCAAGUGUGUCUGUCGCCCUGGAAACGCAGGGACGUGGUGUGAACUGAGCAUAGACGAGUGUGUGUCGAACCCGUGCCAAAACGACGGGAGCUGCGUGGAUGGUCCCAAUCGAUACCAAUGCUUAUGUGCUGGAGGCUUCAUGGGUUUCCAUUGCGAGACCAACUUUGAUGAAUGCAUGUCGGGCCCCUGUCUUCACGGGAGGUGCAUUGAUGGAGUGGAUGUGUAUUACUGUCAGUGUGAAUUGGGAUGGACUGGUGCCAGAUGUGAAAUGAACAUUGAUGAGUGUAGUUCCAGUCCGUGUCUGAAUGGUGGCUCCUGUGUGGACUUGAUUGAUAAAUAUGCGUGUUUCUGCCUGGAUGGAUACACGGGAAAGAACUGUGACAUUGACAUAGACGUCUGUCUCGAAACCCCCACCAAUGUCACCCUGUGUUUAAAUGGAGGGACUUGUCUCGAUGGCCAAGGCUCCAAUUUCACCUGCAGUUGUCCAGCAGGUUUCAUAGGGGACUUCUGUGAGAUGGACGUUAAUGAAUGCUGUUCAGAUCCAUGUCUCCACGGGGCUAUCUGCCGAGACCUGCUUAACGGAUACCUCUGUCACUGCAGGGCAGGUUGGACAGGCCUUCACUGUGAGUUGGACAUUAAUGAGUGCCUUCCGCAGCCCUGCAACCAAGGGAUGUGCAUCCAGAACGAGCCUGGCUACGGCUACACCUGUUUCUGUCGUCCUGGAUUUGUGGGGAGGAACUGUGAGCACAAUUACGAUGACUGCCUGCUCCAGCCGUGUCCGGGAGGAUCCUCCUGUGUUGAUGGUAUCAACGAGGUCAGCUGUCAGCCAGUCGAGGGAGACAUGUCCUCUGUGCCCUGGGAGCCUUCUAUGACACAAACCCCUCGGGGGUCCCUGCUCACCACGUCACCAAUGUCACCGUACAGUGAACAACCAACAGGUAUGGAGGUCAAUCGUAAAGACCACAGUCAUAUAACAGUUGGGUCAGUACUUUGUGGUCAGGUCAACCGUAAGAUCAGCCGUUAGAUCACACAACUAUACUCUGGUUAUAUUAUAACACCAAUGACAUAACACCAGUGUCGCCGUAAAGUGUGAAUCCAGUGGAGGCUGAACAACCAACAGGUAUAUAGAUCAAUCUUUGAACUUCUGUUAUAGUUGGUUCAGCACAGCCUGUAUGUGAUCGUA